UGAAAUAAAUAGUUCUUAAAAAGUUAAAAAUACAAAUUUCAUUACUAUAAUACUAUAUACUUACCAGCAAUUUUUAAAUGAUAAAAAUAAAUCCUAUACGUAAUACGUUUUGUCAUAUUAUCACACGGACAAUAGUAGAAUACCUACCGCUCAUAGCACACAAUACGCACUUUAAAACAAAAGCCAUUGCGCAUUUAGCAUUAUAUUAUGCAUAAUUGUCAAAAAGUCAGAUAAUAUGUGCUGAAUACUGUGCAACGCCGAAACACUAUCGACUGUUAGACGUCAGUUGUAUUUUAAAUUUAAAUUUUUUAAUAUAGGAAUGGAUACAGCUUAGCUUAGCAGAGUUUGAAAAGUAAAUCGAUAAUGGUACUACCUACUUACAUAAUUGGUUAACCGUUUUAUGUGUUAAGCACACAUCCAUGAAACUAUAUUUUUCAUUUACCAUGUAUUUGGAUACAGAUGAUUUAGUGACGUCCAGUAUAAUUGCAUUUCUGAUUGCAAUUGUAGUUUUUGUCUUUAGUAUUAAAGCGUUCAGAUGGUUGUCUCCUGAAAAUUAUGUGGCUGACAAAAGUUUAUCAUCUCAUGUAUGGGUCGAAAAACCAAGUUACAUAUUAAGUGAUCCAAAUGCCUGUAUUGUAUGUGAAACAUUGACACAUGGAUCGAAAGUUCGAUACUGUGAUAAUUGUGAGAUUUUCGUUGACAUAGGCUGUGUAAAAAAAGCCAACAAACGAAUAUGCUGCAAAAUUUUAAGCACCAAUAGACCAUCUAAGACUUUCGUACACCACUGGAACAAGUCUCUGUUAAUUGAUGUUACAUGUUGUGUUUGUUCCUCUGAUGAUGACACUGAUAGCGUUCUUGGACAUUUUUUUCAAUGUAUAUGGUGUAGGAGAUUUUUACACGAAAAUUGUAUUACUCAAUUUAGUCAGAAAUGUGAUUUUGGAAUAUAUCGUCAAUAUAUUAUACCGCCAUUUUGUAUAAAAACAAGUAAUCGAUUUAAAAAUAUAUCCAAGCAAACAAUUGAAAAAGUUAUUCACCCUGGUUGGGAAAAGUGGACACCUUUAAUCAUAUUUGCAAACAAGAAAUCUGGUAAUAAUGACGGAGCUCUAAUAAUUUCACAUUUCCGGCGUUUACUAAAUCCUAUACAAGUGUAUGAUGUUAUCGACUGCCCUCCAGAAAAAGCUUUAGAUUGGUUAAAAACCACACAGCUGGAAUGUGUUUUUGUCUUAGUUGCUGGUGGUGAUGGUACAGUAGCUGGUGUAUUAAACAGCAUUCAUAAUUUGCAAUUAAGAAUAGAUCCCGCUGUAGGUAUUAUACCACUUGGUACAGGCAACGACUUGUCUAGAGUGUUGGGAUGGGGAACUUCAUACUCUGACUCUGAUUGUUCCGGAAUAGUGAACUCUCUUGAUAAUAUUUCAGUUGUAAAAUUAGAUAGAUGGAAAGUGAAAAUUUUGUCAAAUGUAUUGAAGAAGAUAAAAAUAACAAAUACUAUCACAAUGUACAAUUAUUUAGGAAUCGGUUUAGAUGCUCAAAUAACAUUGAAUUUUCAUCGUACUAGAAAGUCACCAUUAUACUUAUUCAAUAGUACACUGUUGAAUAAGGUGAUAUAUGUAGGAUGUGGUACACAACAAUUUCUAGAACAUCAGUGUAAAGGACUGCCUGAUAUGAUUGAGUUAUAUAUGGAUGACAAAAAAAUAGUUUUACCAGAUAUAGAAUCCAUUGUAAUUGUGAAUAUUGAAUCUUGGGGUGCUGGCGUAAAUUUAUGGAAAUUAGGAGCUAACGAUGGUAAUGAGUAUGGUGCACAAUUCAUUGAUGAUGGAUUGUUAGAAGUACUUGGCAUACGAUCUUCCAUACAUAUUGCACAGCUAAAAAUGGGAAUUGCUGAACCCAUUAGAAUUGGUCAAGCAUCUGUAAUCAGAGUAAAAUUAUUACAAAAAUUACCAAUUCAGGUUGAUGGUGAACCUUGGCUCCAACCAAAGUGUGAGUUUGUGCUUAAGCGGUGUAAUCAAGCUACAGUUUUGAAGUUGUCAAAUAUAAUUUAACUAAGUAAAUUUAUUUUUAUUAUUAUGUCUCAUACCGUCCAUUGACCUUGGGGAGGCUUUUAAAAACAUUACCACCUUAUAUAACAGUAUCACACAUAUUUCAGUUAUAGGCAGUGAUGGGAAAGUUCUUCCUAAAAAUGAAUUAGUUCAAGUUCAAGUUCAAGACAUUAAAUAUGAACUAGUUCAAAUUCUAGUUCAGACAGUUCAGUAGUUUAUAGUUUUUAAAAUGAUCUAAAAUUAAAAAAGUCACAAAAGAAAAUAAAAAAAAAAUACGUGGAAAUACGUGCGACUGCCGACUGUGUCAAAACCGGCGAUUUUUAUUAGUAAUUGAAAAUAACAAUUAUAGAGUAGUGGUUAAAAUAAUGUUGAGUAAUAAACAAAAACAAAAUCACACUUUAUUGUAUUAUGUCAAGUUACAACAGAAUUAUGAUAAUAUACCAUAAAUGGUAUACCAACUAUUUUUAUCGGCGAUCAACAGCGCGGCGUUGUGAUUUCAGG